UGUGCCUUGCACAUGUUUGCAUAAUGUGUAAAUGAGAUUACUGUGAUCACUUUGUCUGACUGACGAGUAUGAGAUCAAAACAAAGGCAGAGCUUAUCAGUCACUAGAAGCUACAUUGUCGCACAUGAUACUUUUUAACAAUUUGGAAGUUUCACGGUUACGGAUCCUCAAUCAAAGAUUCUAGAAUGAAACAGAGCGUUUGGCGCCUUCCGUGUCCAUUGUGGGAAAAGGACUGGUGGAGUGAGCAAAAAAGUACCCCUAGUUCAACCAUACAACUGAGGUUUGAUCACAAUCGGAAGCAAACACAAUCAUGUAGAUCUAUGCUGUGGAGAUCUCUCGGUGAAAAGCAAGCGAGGGCAAUUCACAGCCGAGAAAGGUGGUGGGGGAACCUAGAGUCGACGGACCACGGCGGAGGAAGACAGUUCCUUGAGAGGCCCCUUUGGCUUGUCAAGCUGGUGUCUCCUAGAUUCGACCUGACAGGACAACUAUUGUGCAUUUUUCAGCAGACAGGGGAGUUGACGUGUAGAAUUCGCGCUGGGGUUGUUUCGGAAGUUCUGCUAAUGUCAUCUGGAACGGUGGUAGAGUUGGUCACGCCUGCGCUCGUAGAGUAGCUAGCCAACUAGCCACCGCUGUACCCUCCUUCCAGUAGCUGUGAGAGUCGUCGCUAGCUAUGGAUGCGCUGUGGUUGGUCCUGCUGCUGGUGGUCCCAGCUUUACUAUGGACCAGCAGCACGUUUGUUUUUUAUUUUAAAAAGUGCUUCUACGUGGCUUACAUGAUGCUACUGGCCACGGUUGCAAUACCACUCUCCAUCUUGAAAAGUGGCGGAAGGGAUAUUGAUAAUAUGAGGAUAAUUCGUAACCUGGUGCAGCAUGUGAAGUACUUUUUGGGUCUGCGUUACGACGUGAGCGGCUGGGAGCACCUCCAGACCGAGGGGCCAUACGUCAUCAUCUCCAACCACCAGAGCUCCUUGGACGUGCUGGGCAUGAUGGAGGUGCUGCCGGACCGCUGCUCCAUGAUUGCCAAGAAGGAGCUGAUCUAUGCAGGCACCGUGGGCCUGGUAUGCUGGCUGGGGGGCAUCGUCUUCAUCAACCGCAAGAAGACCAGCGACGCCAAGAGCGUCAUGGCCGACGCUGCCAAGACCAUGCUGGACGAAAAGAUCCGCCUGUGGGUGUUUCCAGAAGGGACGAGGAACCAGAAGGGAGACCUACUGCCCUUUAAGAAGGGGGCCUUCCACUUGGCCGUGCAAGCACAGGCCCCCAUCAUACCGAUCGUUUUCUCCUCCUACAGCAACUUCUACCUGCGGAAGGAGAAGGAGUUCAAGUCUGGCACCAUCACACUGAAGAUCCUGCCCAAGAUCGAGACCAAGGGCAUGACCUCAGACGACGUGUCGGCGCUGACCGACCAAGCAUACGACCUGAUGCGCUCGGUCUUCCUGGACAUCUCCGGCCCUCCCCCCGCAACCACACCGCAGAGCAACGGGCCGACCAGUCGCCACUGAACAUUCCACCAUUCCCCUCCGACCCACCCUACCAAAAAAACACAUCUCUCCCUCCAUGCCAAGUCCCUACCCUCCCCUCCCUUCCUUUCCCUGCCAUCAUCCGCCAGCCCCUCUGCCCUGGCCAUGCCAAAACUUCCACAGUGGCUCCCCACUUCCUGACUUCCAUAGUCAUGGUGACAAUAAUGACUGUAACCCCCAAAUUGCUUUCGGUGUCCUAUCUCUCUUUGGUCUUCUUUGACGCAGGAUCGUGCCCACUUUUGCAUACACACACAUGCAAACACACUCCCAUGCAUAUUGCAUACACACACAUAUACAAACACUCUUGUUCUUCAGAGAUAUAAUAACUUGGCCUCUCUAUCCUGUUGCUUCAUGGACUCUUCAUGACUAUAGGAGGGGAGGUGAAGGGGUUGAAGAUGAUGUCACUUCCCACACAAGAGGAUGGAAGAGAAGGGGGAGGGAGCUGGGAGGGUGCAGCCAAUCCCUUACCGCCCAACUUCCUGUGAGAAACAUUUCUGCUUCCUGUUGGUCUCCAAGGGUGACGGCGCCAUUCAGGUUGAGGUUGCCCUGUUGAAUUGUGGGAUAGUGGCGGAAGACGCCCCUGUAUUGCAUGCCUUCCUCUGCCAUGUGCCGCCUUUCUGCCCACUGCUCUGCUUCAGCAGUUUACGUUGUGCUUUUUUAUUAUUGACAUUUUUUUAUUGUUUUCUUUUUAUUGCUGUUGAUGUUGUUGUAUUUUUUGAUUUCUUGUAUUUUUUUUGUUUUGUUUUCAUUUGUGCUUUGGCCAACCUGCUCACAUCUUCUUGCAGAUGAAGCAUCAUCAACUGUGUUGAGAUCCAGCCUCCGCCUUACAGUAGGAGCGUACACACACACACACACACACACACACACACACACACACACACACACACACACACACACACACACACACACACACACACACGUAGAUCCUAAGACACACACACAUUGAGACGCAAAGUAAGAAAGAAAGAAAGGCUUCCAAGACUGAUCUCAGUGUGGAAACCACAUGCACAUUCGUAGCUCCUAUCUCUGUCUUCUCUGAACUGCUGUACCAUAUAUCCAAUGUUGAACAUUGAUAGUGUAAAAGAUAUUUAUAUACUGCGCUCAUCAAAUUUGAUAUGUCUCAAAUCUCUUCAAGUGGUCACGUGAGACACGGUUUGUGUCUGUGUCAUCAACAUGCCAUCUCUCUCUGUCUGUCUCGAUCUCAAUCUCCGUAAAUGUGCUUUUCUUUGAAGUUGUGUGUUUUUAUGUCUGUGAGUCCUCACUCACAAAAACAAAACAAAAAAGUGUCAAAAAGGGUUAUUUCAAAGAAAGUGCACUGCUCCACUUAACACUGAAAGCUUCCCAGAUGGAAGUCUACAAAGAACCAGUUUAAAUCUCAAGCUUGAGUGCUUGUUUAUUUUAUUACUAUAAUUAUUGUUAUUGUUAUUGUUUUUUUGUGUUUGUUCUGAUUUGCCAAGGUGUUCCCAUUGCUUUUGUUUUUAUUUGUUGUUAAUUUAAUCAGUUUACUAUUAUUAGAAUGGUUAAGUUAUGAUGUUCAAGGAUGCCACUAAGCUUUGAGAGCUUAUUAAUUGGCCAAGAGGUCUUGGGUUUCUCACCUGUUUUUCCCUUCACCUGUUUAUUUUUUUUUCUUUCAUUAUUUUUAGAAAUUAGUGCUUCGUGUUCUGAGAUCUUGAGUUGCCUCUAGAUGAGCAAGUGCGUUGCUAAGAUUUCACUUUUUCGCCACAGCUGCGUUGAUUGCUGGAGAAACUUGGGUGUAUGAAAGGAGGGUUCAGUCCCAGAUGGUGGCAUAAGGCAGACCGCAAGGCUGUUCACGUAAUCAGCCAAUCCAGAUGAUGUGCAUGUAAAUUAACGAUGAAUGCCAUCUGGCAACAGUAUUUUUACAUUCAUUUAGAUGAUUGCUUCAUCUACAUUUUAAAGGUCUCCCAUUUCAAACUCGCGUCCUACAAGAUUUCAAUUUGCGCAUGCAGGCAUUUUGCUUCAUUUCGCUCAACGUGUUGUGCUUGAGAAUUCUAAUGGGUAACAUUUCGCUACGAGGUUCCGUCACGGUCCCUCCUCCGCUUGCUUCACUCAUGUCUGUUUAAACUGUCGAGAAUGUAUCUCAACAUCUCAUGAAAUCUGUGUGUGCAUAUUGAUUUGUGUGUGAUGAGAGUGUAAACCAGAGUGAGAAUGUAUUUUACUAUGUGUGUGUGGUGUUGUUGAGAGAACAUUUUUCCUCAUACUUGGGUAUUCACCAACUAUUUUGUCAUAACGCAAUUUAAUUUCUGCGUGCAUUUUCUUGGUCUCCGUGUGUGAUGGUAGGCGGUACAGUAGUGUGGUGUGCUUGUGCCCUGCAGGAAGGUGCGUUCUCCAUUUGUUCAGGAGGGGCAGAGGCCUGUGGCCUGUCUUCUUUCCAUGGGGAUGUAUGUCAUUUUUUUUGUUUUUGUUUCUUUUCUUCUUUUUUUUUAAAGAAAAUUGUAUAUUUGUGAACUUUAAAAGGGUUAAAAAAAAAGUUGAAUGUUGUGGCAUCUUCAAAAGUGUCUAUGGCAACUCAUUCGUGCUGUACGCCCCAGUGCUCAGAUGCAGCUCGAUUAUCUCUUUCUCAUCAUGUGGUUUUACUGCACACCUUUACUUGACUGAAAUAUGGCCUCCACAAACGAUGCCAUGCGUGCUCUCCAAAGCUUCAUGUACGAUCUCACAGGCAAAGCGAAUUUCAAAGAGUUGUUUGGGUCUUGGCUCAGUUUCAGUGGAGGAUUUGUGAAUGAACUGGUGUAAGUGUUAAUUCAAUUCACUUCUGAAAACCCUUAAGCUCUUAAGUACCCCUUAAUUAAGGCUAUCUGGAUGUAAGCUGUCUUCCUGGGGCUGUGUCCAAGUCUAUCAUUAUGGUUGUGAGUGAAGUGGCAGUGUGCAUUGUAUACUAAUAAAUUCUAAUUAAAUUAUAAAAUCAAAAUCCCUUGGUAUUCAUAUUGGCAUCUCUGUAUACAGAUUAGGUAUUACAUUCAUAUGUAAACUCCUGAUAUAAAUAUAUUAACAAAGCACUUUUAGCGUAGAAUUUGGAUUGAACAUUAUUUGUAAAGGGAAAUAAAAUUGAUGUGUCAAAGUGUAUAAAAUAUUUUUUUCACCAAAGCUAUUAAAAUGUACACUGGUGGAAGCUUUAGAUUUAUUAUGGAUAAUAAAAAAGUUAAUGGCAAAAAUGUGACAAGUCUGUGUAUCUGGUGUACAGAUCUUGGUGUGUGGUCAGAUGUAUGUGUGUGUGAGCUGUGUGUGUCUGGUUAUAGGUUUGUACAUGCACAUGAACACAUGAAUGAAAAUAAAAAACCAAGCCGA